AUGGAAUCACCCAUAGCCGCUGGUGAUACCACUACGCAUUCCAUCAACCAGCGCUUGACAAACACCCACUUGGGUGCCGUCAACUUCGUGCUGUCCAUCCAUUCGUCGGUGUACUCGGGGGAAAAAUGUAUCCAAUUGAACGUCAAGUUCCCGGCCUCCAAAACCGCCAAAUCAGAUAUCAUCAUUUUAAGACGUGUCCAAGAUUCCUACGUUAACGUCACUCAACUCUUGGACAUCCCCGUGGCAUUGGGCCACUUUAGUACCGACCUGGCCCACAAAUUCAUCGCCAACAACAUCACCUCCAAUCUUCAGUAUUUCACUCCAGACGGAUAUACUCAGGAGUUCAACGAUUUGUCGUCCUCCAAGAACUCCCACUUACAGGGAAUAUGGGUUUCGUUUGACAAGGCUGUGACCAUUGCCAACCAGUUUGAUAUCUACGAAUUGACUAAAAAACUCUUCUUGGUCGAUGUCCAUGACUUCGAUGAGCUCCCUAAAUUGGUAGACACCACCAAAGUAUAUGUCAAAGACGAAGACGACGUAGAGGAGAAUGGCAAGGAUACUGACGUCGACGAGAACACCUCAAAGUCCACUGACUCGCCUAGCCUCAAGAAGCGAAAGAUUGGUGAAGUUUCUAAGAACGACGAAGGCAUUUCGUUCAAGAAGUUUAAACUGUUGAUAAGCACCAACGCCAACUAUCCCUACGCGCUUCCUGGUCUCACUACCAAGGGAAAGGACCCAGAGGUGGUCAAUGAGGUCAAGACCAGGUUCGGUGAGAUCUUCAAGAAGAUAGAAUCGUCUGACUUGUCUGUUAAAGAUGUCAAGACUAUGUUCGCUCGCAUAAUAGAAAGACACCGAGAAGACUUGAUGAGCAUCACCGACAUUCCUUUGGACGCCGAGGGCAAAACGGCAUUACAUUUCGCUUCCACUUUGGCCUCCACAAACUUGGUGGCUGCCUUUGUUUCCUUGGGCUUGAAUUCUCCUAUUAGAGGAUCCAAAUCAGGUGAAACUCCGUUGAUAUCGGCGAUACUAGUGACAAACUCCAUGACCAAAGGUAACUUCUCUACGCUUUUGAGGAACUGGUUCUAUCCCAGCUUAUUCUCCAUAGACUCCAAAAACUGGUCUUUCUUCCACUAUUUGGCCCACCAGUCGUCAAAGAAAAUCGACAGCUGUAAAUACUACACCCAGAAGAUCUUGUUGUACUUGUUGUCUUCAAACCAGGCCAGUCAAUACUUCCUCAAGAAGUUGGUGGACGAGAUCAUCAAUUUGCAAGACACUCAAACGGGAAAUACAGCCUUGCAUUUAGCAAUCGAAAAUGGUAACAAGUGGAUGGUGGACAUUUUAAUCGAGUUAAAGGCUGACUUAGAUUUACCAAACAAAGCUGGAGUUAAGCCUAUCGAAUACGAUCUUGUGAAAGAAACAUUAAACUGCAAGAAGUUGGGAAUUAAAAACGAUCAAUUUGAUGAUGAUGACGAUUACUUGAUCCAGUUGAUCCAAACCAGCUUUGAGUUUUUGGAAAAGAGACUCGAGGUCAGUAAUGAAAUCAUUGAGAAUGAAGAUAUUGUCAAAGUCAACGACAAGCCCGAAAAAAUUAGUGAUAAGGCACCCGAUUCUAUGACAUCUACCAAUAAAUUGUUCAACAGUAUCAACGAUUUGUUGAAGAAUACCAACAACGAAUAUGAAACCAUUAUGAAUACUAAAAGGCUGCAAAUUAAUGACUUAAACAAGCAAUUGUACGAUACUACCAUCAUGACCGCCAACAACAAGUUUUUAAACAAGAAAAUCACCGAUAAAUUGAUUUUUUUGGAUAGCUUAAAGUUGCAAAUGUCCAACAUCACCGAGAGAUUAGAAAUCUUGAAACAGGAGCUACCCAAAGAUGAGCAGAAUUCCCUUGAAAACGAGGAAACGUUCGAUGCAGAUUACCCUUUCCGAAUCGAACCCAUAUACAACCAGCUUGUCAACCAAAAACCAGUUGAAGAUCUCAAGAAUGACGAAACCCUUCUUGAAAGUCUUCCCGACUCGCUGAUCCUUAAGGCCCGAAUCAACUCUUACAAGCAGUUAAAUGCCAGCAUCGAGAGUGAGUUGAAGGCUUUGAGCAACUACGACAUUUUGACGUCCAAGUUCAAAAAAGUUGUGAGUUUCUGUACGGGAGUCGAUCUUAACGAAGUGGAUGAACUCUUGGAUGGAUUGUUAGAAGCGGUGGAAAGCCAAAAUUAAUAGCUUUUCAAUCCAGUUGUAUUGAAAAGAAAAAGAAUAUGUACAUUAUAUAAUUGUAUAAAUGAACACAAAUACCGUACCCAAAUGCAAAAUUAUAAUUCUCUAGGAGAAAUGAAUAAGUUAUUAUACGAGACCAUCAAACGAGCUGAUGGAGUUCAUGAUGGCUGGAUCCAACUUGGCCAACUGCUUGAAUCCCUCCAACGUGAUGGUGUCAGAUUUGUAGUCUUUAUUUAGCAAUCGGAAGAAUUUCUGGGUCCUGAGUUCCGGGGUCUUUUCAUCGGGUGGGAGUGCCACCAUCGAACCGAUCAUCUUGUACACGGCGUUGACUAUUAUCAAAAUGUCGUCAUAGGUCAACUUACCAGUUUUAUUGUGGUCAUAUAGCCGGAAACUCCAAUUUAUCUUUUGAUCCAUUGAACCUCUAGACGUCACUGAAAGGGCCACAAUAAAUUCCUUGAAGUCGAUGUAAUUGGACUUGUCAACAUCAAACACCUUGAAGAGAUAGUGACAGUAAUCGAGUGGAUCUCCAAAGGGGAAGAACUGUUUGAACACUUUAAUGAACUCUUCUUCUGAUAGCUGUCCUGAUGGGCAAUCUCUUAUGAAUCCCUUGUACCACUGCUGCAACUCUCUUUUGUCAAAGUAUGUGGCCAGCCUUAAGGCCUUCAAGUCAUCUUUUGAUAACUUGGACACGGUUUUGCCCAUGAUGUAGCAGAAUGGAUUGAUGCGCAAAACAAACCAGUUGUUGGUUGAGGACAAAGUGCGCGAGAAAUUUAUAUACCAAAUUGCUUGAGUUCAUAAUAUUGCAAAAUCUGUACAAGUACACCGUUUUUA